AACACAAUCGAGAGACAGAGAGACAGUGUGACAGAGAGAGAGAGAGCGAAAGAGAGAAACAAGGUUGAAGACUGAAGUGAGCGUCUUCACUUCCUAAACCCUAAAUUAUACAUACAUAUAUACAUACAAUCAUCUUGAAUCUAUAAUUCUAAACCACAAUUUCUUUCAGUUGAUGCUACAUCAAUGGUGGUCUGCAAAUGCCGCAAGGCGACUAAGCUAUACUGUUUUGUGCACAAUGUUCCUGUUUGUGGGGAAUGUGUAUGUUUCCCGGAGCACCAUAUAUGCGUGAUCCGCACUUAUUCCGAAUGGGUAAUAGAUGGAGAGUAUGAUUGGCCUCCUAAGUGCUGCAAGUGUCAUGCUGUGCUUGAAGAAGGGACUAAUGGGCAAACCACCCGACUUGGUUGCCUACAUGUAAUGCAUACAAGCUGUUUGGCUACACAUAUUAAAGAUUUUCCUCCUCACACUGCUCCAGCUGGAUAUGUGUGUCCAGAUUGUUCAACUACGAUAUGGCCUCCUAAAAUGGUUAAAGAUUCAGGGUCCCGUCUUCACUCCAAGCUAAAAGAAGCUAUCUUGCAGGCUGGCAACGAGAAAAAGUUGCUUGGAAACCAUCCAAUUUCAGUUUCAGCAGUAGAUUCGAGGGAUACUCCCCCUGCAUUUGCUUCUGAUCCAUUGAUUCAUGUAUCUGGUAGUGGAGGCAUGCUAAGCGGUUCUACUAAACCUUCAAGUAUUGGUAUUGAGGAGAUAGAUAAUUCUAGUGCAGGAAACCCGUCUUCAUCCAAUAACGAGUCCAAUUUCUUGAAAAGUUCAAGUCCUCCUGGUGCUACCACAAGGAAAAGUGCAUUACAAGCUGAAAGACAGAACUCUGAACUGUCGUACUAUGCUGACGAUGAAGAUGCAAAUCGGAGAAAGUAUACUCGAAGAGGAUCAUUCCGUAACAAGUUUCUUAGAUUGCUGCUGCCCUUUUGGUCAAGUGCAUUACCAACUUUGCCUGUCACUGCACCGUCACGGAAAGACACUUCACAUUCAGAUGAAGUCCAAGAAGGUCGUACACGGCACCAUAGAACUUCAAGGAUGCAUCCAAGGAAAAUUCUUCUGAUUAUUGCAAUUAUGGCAUGUAUGGCAACAAUGGGUAUUCUCUAUUACAGACUUGCUCAAGGUGGUUUUGGUGAGGAGUUGCCUGAAGAAGAACCUCAGCAGCAAUAGCAAUUUCUAAAUCGAAUAUCAAAGAUUCUACAGUGCCUUUCGCAACCUUUUAAAUCAUUUGUGGUGCUUAAGUUCCGUUUGACCUUAACCUAUGUGACCUUGUAUAAUUCAUUAUAUGAACAUACACUUGGAUGAUAGAUAAAGGUUACAAACUCUUUCAUGAGGGGCUGGCUCCCUCUUUGCCUGUGUCAUAUUCUUUUGUUUUUGUAAUCGUUUCUUUAAAAUUUAAGAAUUUUUUCCUUUA